AUGGACUACUUAUGUAAUCAUAGACCUGUAAGUGUAGCUGCUGAAAUAGCGGUGUUGGAACGCUGCCAUCCUCGUCAAAGCUCUCACCAUUCGACUAGACACCCACCAUAUCAAGUGCGUAACGCUUCAGGAAAGGUGGACUACGAACCAGCGGUGCUAGUGCUUCCAGGGAACUACGAUGAAAUUGGAUGGCGGGCUAAUACAGCACUAUGA